GCCAUUACGAUACAAACAACAAUAGAAUUGCUGUGUCAUUUCAAUGUGAGCAGUUUUGAAUGGGAGGCUGUUCGGUUAGACUUUCAAAACGAAUCUUUAAUCUCUCAAACAAUCGUAAGCGUCACAAACAGCAGCAAAACCUCGAAUGAAAAUCGAAUAAAUGCGUCUUUGAGUGUAGAUUCGUAUUUCGUGAAUGUUUCCUUUGUCUUGGAUUUUGCAACUUCGAAGGAUGCUUGCUCUCUGUCCGGGAUGUACACAUGCUCCAUAGAUAUGGUAGACAAACACAUCGCUACAGAAAGCGCGAGCACAGUUUUGAACUUUUCAGCUCCCGUCUCUGAUAUAACUCUCCACCUUCGUCCUCAAUAUCAAUAUGGAACAGAUGAUUUCAUCAACUGUAGCGCAAAGACAAUGGAACCAUCAACAACUACUCUGUCCCUGGAAGUUUGUCAUUCUGAUUCUACUUUUAUUCCCAUCGAGAAAUAUAAUAUAUCCUCUGUUGUCUUCAAUGAGACUAGUCUGAAAAACGAAAAUUGUUCUCUGGAAAUGCUGCUUGGUCACCGUGUUCUCUUCAAUAAUCAAAUGAACGUCUCCUUGCGAUGUACAGUUCAUGGUUCUGAUAUGAACACACCAUUGUCUACAGAUUGUGAGAUUCCCGACAUUUCAACUGCAUUGGUGGUUGCUGUAAUGGAUACUUCGAGCCAUGUCAUUACGAUACAAACAACAAUAGAAUUGCUGUGUCAUUUCAAUGUGAGCAGUUUUGAAUGGGAGGCUGUUCGGUUAGACUUUCAAAACGAAUCUUUAAUCUCUCAAACAAUCAUAAGCGUCACAAACAGCAGCAAAACCUUGAAUGAAAAUCGAAUAAAUGCGUCUUUGAGUGUAGAUUCGUAUUUCGUGAAUGUUUCCUUUGUCUUGGAUUUUGCAACUUCGAAGGAUGCUUGCUCUCUGUCCGGGAUGUACACAUGCUCCAUAGAUAUGGUAGACAAACACAUCGCUACAGAAAGCGCGAGCACAGUUUUGAACUUUUCAGCUCCCGUCUCUGAUAUAACUCUCCACCUUCGUCCUCAAUAUCAAUAUGGAACAGAUGAUUUCAUCAACUGUAGCGCAAAGACAAUGGAACCAUCAACAACUACUCUGUCCCUGGAAGUUUGUCAUUCUGAUUCUACUUUUAUUCCCAUCGAGAAAUAUAAUAUAUCCUCUGUUGUCUUCAAUGAGACUAGUCUGAAAAACGAAAAUUGUUCUCUGGAAAUGCUGCUUGGUCACCGUGUUCUCUUCAAUAAUCAAAUGAACGUCUCCUUGCGAUGUACAGUUCAUGGUUCUGAUAUGAACACACCAUUGUCUACAGAUUGUGAGAUUCCCGACAUUUCAACUGCAUUGGAACGUUCAUAA